ACAGGUUCUCAUCCUGCUGCCGCUUCUGCACGAUCUGCGUUUAUCACACUGCACCGCGCGCGAACAAACUUUUGUGUUAUAAAUUGGACAAGCAGCCGAGAGGAGCCUAUCUCCGCUCCCUUUCUGCCGCCCGCGUGAUUUUCACUAAAAAACUUCCAAGAGGUACCAUGCAAGUUUAUUUGGCUGUGAUAUUCGCGUAUGGUGUGUCAGCACUCAAUAUCACAGACGAGAAGGCAUCAUGCCCCCUUGGAUAUUUCCCCUGUGGCAACCUGACCGUGUGCCUUCCACAGCUCCUGCACUGCAACGGCAUCGAUGAUUGUGGAAAUCAAGCAGAUGAGGAGAACUGUGGAGAUAAUAAUGGGUGGCCCCAUCUUCUUGACAAGUAUUUUGGAAUUCCCAGCUAUAACACUGGGACCAAGUCCAAUGUAUGCUUGCUAGGUGUCGUUCCUGAGCUCUGCCAGUGCCGAGACUUGGAGCUGGACUGUGAUGGAGCACAGCUUCAAGACAUCCCAGUGGUGGCGAUGAAUGUCACCAUGAUGUCCCUACAAAUGAACCGGCUUCAGAAACUGAGAGCAAACACAUUCUUUAAGUACCAGAGUCUACAGAAACUAUAUCUCCAGCACAACAGAAUUCGAGAUGUGAGUCCUGACGCAUUCAGAGGGCUGUACAAUUUAACAAGGCUAUAUCUGAGCUAUAACAAAAUAUCUGUCCUGAUGCCGGGGGUGUUCCAGGACCUGCACAAGUUGGAGUGGUUGAUCCUGGAAAAUAACAACAUCUAUCAAAUAUCCCCCAUGACCUUUGCAGGACUGAACUCACUUGUUUUACUGGUUUUGUUGAACAACUCUUUGACAAGGCUGGAUGACAUUUGUCGGGAAAUGCCGAGAUUGAACUGGCUGGAUUUGGAGGGAAAUCUCAUUGAAACCAUUGGAAAUGUCUCAUUACACUCAUGCAGUAUGCUGACAGUCCUAGUUUUACAGCGGAACAGGAUCAGUCAUAUACACGAACAGGCUUUCUCAGUCUUACAGAAGCUUGGAGAAUUGGAUCUAUCUAACAACAGACUGGUAGCGAUUCCUCCCAAUCUCUUUGUCUUACUGGAGGAUUUGCUCCAACUGAAUAUAUCGUACAAUCCCAUCGUGGAGCUCCAAGUUGACCACUUUGACAAGCUGCAUAAACUGAAGUCAUUGAGCAUAGAAGGGAUAGAAAUAGAAAACAUACAACGGAGGAUGUUUGAACCUCUAAAAUACUUGACUCAUAUCUACUUCAAGAAAUUCCAGUACUGUGGCUACGCUCCUCAUGUGCGCAGCUGCAAACCCAACACAGACGGCAUCUCGUCCUUCGAGGACCUGCUGGCCAACAUCGUGCUGAGGGUCUUUGUCUGGGUGGUCUCUGCCACCACCUGCUUUGGCAACAUCUUCGUCAUCUGCAUGCGCUCGUACAUCCGCUCAGAGAACAAACUCCACGCCAUGUGCAUCAUCUCCCUCUGCUGUGCAGACGGACUGAUGGGCAUCUACCUCUUCAUGAUUGGUGCGUAUGAUCUGAAGUUUCGCGGCGAGUACAACCGGCACGCUCAAGCCUGGAUGGAUAGCAGUCAGUGUCAGGUCAUCGGCUCUUUGGCCAUGCUGUCCACUGAGGUAUCCGUCCUUCUCCUCACUUACCUCACUCUGGAGAAGUACAUCUGCAUCGUGUACCCUUUCCAGUACUUGACACCUGGCCGGCGACGAACUGUCACCAUCCUUUUUGGGAUAUGGGUGUUUGGCUUUAUUGUUGCCUUCCUUCCACUGGCCUUCAAGGGACUAUUUCGCAACUUCUACGGGACCAAUGGAGUUUGCUUCCCACUGCACUCUGAGCAGCCAGAGACACUUUGGGCUCAUGUUUACUCCAUCGUCAUUUUCCUGGGUCUGAACUUGGUGGCAUUCCUCAUCAUUGUCUUAUCCUAUGCAAGCAUGUUUUAUAACAUCCAGAGAACAGGGACUCAGACCACUAAAUACAGCAACCACAUCAAGAAAGAGGUCACCAUCGCCAAAAGGUUCUUCUCUAUUGUCAUCACUGAUUCCCUUUGCUGGAUCCCCAUUUUCAUCCUCAAGAUCCUGUCUCUGCUGCAGGUGGAGAUUCCCGGUACCAUCAGCUCCUGGGUGGUCAUAUUUAUUCUCCCGAUCAACAGCGCCCUUAACCCCAUCCUUUACACGCUGACAACACGGCCUUUCAAAGAGACCAUUCUGCAGGUAUGGGCUAACUACAGGCAAAGGAGGCCUCUGCUCAGCGGUCACCCAGCUCAUCAUCCGUCACUCACCUGGCAAGAAAUGUGGCCCCUGCAGGAGAACAGCCACGGCCUCACCACAGGGCAUCCACUGGAAAUGACAGGCACGCUAGCCAAGCUCACCCCUGUGGAAAAUACCAACGAGGGAUACAAUGACGUUAUCACAUGCACACAGCAACAGUUGAAGCAACAUCCAGGCCUGUCGGUAUGCUCACAGAAACAAACAAUGUCGCACACAGUCACACCCACACACACACAAACAAAUGAACUCAUCUAGGUGUCGAACAGCAGAUCUAUUGUGCAUGGAUCUGUUUGUAAUGUUAUCAAAGAUUAACCUCAACUAAUUAAAUGUGAUUCAGGUUCAUUCAGCUCUGUAAUUUAGAGUGUCCAGCCUAUUAAAAAUACACUCCUUGAUUUGUGCCCAAUUUCUCCUUUGUGGUUAAAAAUCAUUAGUUAUCCCUUAUGUGACAGUACAGUUCCUCUAAUGAAGACUACAUGCGGGCUCCAAAAAGACAUCCAUUAAUGCAGUGCUGAAGUCAUGCCCCACUUAGGGUUUGGCUUUUAUUCCACUAGUUUUCAGCUAGAGUUAAAAGACAGAACUAUAGCAUUAACCAUUUGACUGUGUUUGCGUGGCUAAGACUCAUUAAAUAUAUUGUAGUUGAAUGCUAGCAAAGUAAUUGUUGAUUGUAGUUCAUUCUUGACUUUAGAAACAGUAGCAAAAAAAUCUUAAAUCAAGAUCACUUGUUUUAUCUUUGUUAAAAUUAUGUGGUGCUCAAAUUUUUAGCCAUUUAGUUGUGGAUAUUUUGUAGAAUAUGGACAAAAUGCUAGCUAGCGUAUUAUGGCUUAAAGGAGACCUAUUAAACUGCUUUUCCAGUCCUAUAUUGUAGUUCUGUGAGUCCUGUAUGGCAGCUUUGCAUGAUUCAAAGUUAAAAAAAAAGAUUUUCUGUCUUAUACUGACUCUUCAUGUAGGCCUCUGUCUGAAACAAGCUGUAGAUGCUCCUGUCUCUUUAAGGGUGGCCAAGACCUGAAGCAUGUUACCAGGCUGUUGUUGUCACUGAGUAGUACACAGAAUGAGCGUAGCUGUGCGGAGCAAAUGACCAUAUAUGGAACGUAUGUGGAACGUAUGUAUGCGGAGCUGCUGGUAGAAAAAGCAGUUCAGAACAGGAGGAAAUCUGAGGUUUUCGGCUCACAGGGAUUUCUUUUAAAUACUUUUAUCUCAUUAUUUGAAGCUUUGCCCAUAUUUUAUAUCCAGCAUUGUAACAUUGUGGAUAAGUCAUAAAAUAUGGAAAAGCAUAAUAGGUCUCCUAUAAAGGGAAGUACAUUUUGGAGCAUUUUUUAAUGACAAGUGACUCAAUCAAUAACAUAACAGUGAGCCACGCCGUCACACUGGUGACAUGUUCCUUUAUUACCGUGGGCACAGCCAGAGUAGUUUAUUUUGUGUUAGUCCCACAUACACUGUCCUGCACUGUAAAUGGACCUGGGGGCUGCAAGAUUUGUGAAAGUUGGAAAGUAUUGAGAUGGGCUAAGACUUUGUUGGUUUUGUCUUGUCAUGGCAUUUUUUGACAAUCAUAAAAGUAGUGACAUCACAGACAUUAUGUCCACAGUCAGUCGCCUGGGUGUUCAAGCUCAUGAAUUUUAUUCCUUUCCUCACAAUUUGCCUCUUCGAUUACUUUUCCAUCAACAGUAAAGGAAUCUGCGGGGGACUUCUUUACCUUACACAAAACAACAGGCACUCAACUACAAUGACCACAGUUUAGAAAGAUAUUACAUCAGCCACAGGUAACUCAGUGUUACAUAAGCCACGGGUAACUCAGCACAUUUGAAUUGAUUCCCAAUUACGACUGUGUGAGGCUGACAGGUACAGGUUUUCUUACCACUAAAGCUGAGCAGACACUGCAAUGAAUCUUUUACGUUUUGUUAAGUCACCCUACAUCAGCCUUUCUGCAUGGCCAGAACCUUCUAUGCUCACACUGUACAGAUAUAUUAGCAAGUAAUUAGAACGUAAGAGCUUGUUUGAUGUGAGUAUUGAUGAGUGUUGUGUGUCAGGCACACAGCUGAUAGAGAUUUCUCCUGGUGGUAGAGGAUUUGCUGGACUGCAGACAAUGUGAGAAGUAUAUGAACACGUCUUUCUUUUGCUUUCAGGCAACAACAAUUGUUAUUCCAAGGAUAUACAGUGUGCCAAGAUUUUUUAUUCUCAAGUAGUUUAUUUAUGCAGAUAUUAAAUUGAUGUUGGUAAAGGUCCACAAGUGGGUCUAAGAUGCACUGUGGAUUUUUCAUAUGUUCAAGUACAUUUUGCUGCCAUCACUUGAUAGUAGUUAUUUAGUCUAGACUCAGGUCAUUAAAGUGCAUUUGUUGCAAUUGCUGAUGAAGGGUUGCUUCAUUCAGUGGCAGACACUUCAUCUCGCAACUCUCACCGAAACUUUACAACAAAACCUCCACCACGUUCUAGACUUCCAGUGUCGCUAUGCUCAAGAUGCAUAAUUGUUUGCCCUGUCCUUCUAACAGAGACUUUAGAGGGACUAGGGGCCCUUUAUUCUGUAGGUCUCUGUACUUGUUCUAAUGUUCUUGAAUGUGUGUUGCUGUGUUGUGUUAAAUGUAAGGGAGAUCUGUAUUUGUAUUUUUCAGUGUAAAACAUCUGCAUCUGUUGAUGGCAAUCCUAAUAUAUCACUCAGAACUAGAGUUCAACCAGUCAAACAGAACAAAAAUCUUACAAAAUUAAUGUGAAACCCACAUUAUAGGAAUAAAACAUGAAAAACUGAACAACUGAAAACAAAGACAAGUAUUUAAAUUAGGGCUGGGCACGUUAAGGUGUUAUUAUCGUGUUAAUUAAUUAACGCCGACAAUUAUUUUAUCGCACGUUGACACAGUUGUUAUUAUUAGGCUAUUAUUUUGAAAGUCCAUUUCUCACUUGCUCUGAAUAAACAUACAGUCAAACAAUGGGUCACAGGGGAGGUGGGAUGUUAAUCAACCUGCAAAUCACCCACCCAAACAAGCAGUGGAGGGAGGCUUCGACAGAUGCAGCGUGUGGGAAAAGUAGCCCAGAUAAACAAAAGCAAGACAAGCGAUCCAGUGCCAUAGCGAAAUGGAUAGCUACACACUGCAUGCUGAUUAGUAUUGGGUCGGCGUCACUUGGCCCCGUAGGUUCUCUCAGGUAAACAGAAAGGGAGACAAGCGCUCCGCGAGUAAACAGAAGGCGCUCUAGAAUAACCAUGGCAACAGUUGACCCUUUGCUAAACCACACCCCGAAUACACAGCUGGCCAAUCACAGCGCAG